UUGAGUCUUGCACAAUACUGUUAUUUCAACUUGCUUCAACACUGCGUCGCUCGUGGUUGCGACAAUACUGUUAACUGACAUGCUGAAGUAUUCAAACGGAUUUGAGAUCAGAAAAAAACAUCUGUCCCUGUUAUGUAAAACUGACGGCGUUUAUGUCUUUGUUGGACGGUAAUAUCCUUAAUAAGUGACCAUCAUGCGGGCAGUUCUUGUCAUUCUUAUCAGUUUCAUCUAUUUCCACUUCGGUUUGGCUAAGAAGAUGCGGUGGUGCACCGUGUCCGACCCAGAGCACAGGAAGUGUGCGGAGCUGGCCAAAGCACUGGUCGCAGUGUUACCUCCUGCUGCUGUGGCAGCCUUUGCCAGGCUCUCCUGUGUGCGUGCUUACAGCACCACUGACUGCAUCAACAAAAUCAGGGCAAAUCGUGCUGACGUGGUUACGUUAGAUGCAGGGGAGGUUUACACUGCUGUGAAGCAGUUUGGUCUGACUGCCAUUGCCAAGGAGAUCUACAAUGAAGGUGGCUGUAUUCUGGCUGUGGCUGUGGUGAGAAACAGGACCCUAGACCUGCGCUCCCUACAGGGCCACAGGAGCUGUCACAGUGGAGCCCGCUGGACAGCGGGCUGGAGUCUGCCACUGGGCUUCCUGCUGUCUCGUAACUACCUAACCUGGGCCGAGGACCAACCGCUGAGCCAGGCUGUUAGUGCCUUCUUCAGUGCCAGCUGUGUCCCUGGGGCAGCUGGCAUGGCAACCGCCCUCUGUGCCCUCUGUCAGGGGGAGAAGUCUUACAUUCGCCAUCGUAACUACCACUGUGAGACAUCCCAUAGUGAACCCUUCUAUAACAGCCAGGGAGCACUCAGAUGUUUGAAGACAGGAGCAGGGGAUGUUGCUUUUGUUGAACACACUGCUCUGGAAAGUAUUGAUGAGAGUGAUAGGAAGGAUUUCAGCUUGCUGUGUACAGAUGGCACUCAGGCUCCACUAAGUCAGUUCAGGAUCUGCAACCUGGGUCGUGGUCCAGGAGGAGGGGUGGUCACACGAUUAAACAAUCGGAAGACUGCCCGCAAGUUCCUGGUGGCAACACAGAUGGCCUUUGGCCAACGAGGAAGAGAGAAGCAGCGCUUUCAGCUAUUUGAGUCAGCUCCCUUCGGUUCUAGUGAUCUGCUUUUCAAGGAUGUGACACAGAAACUGGCUAUUCUACCAGAUGACAAGGACAUCAGUCAGGUCCUCGGUUUGGAUUAUGUUGCUCUCCUCAAAGGCCUCGGACAUGAAGGUAGCUCACUGGAGGACAGUGUUGUGCGUUGGUGCUGUAUCAGCAAUGCAGAGCAGGCAAAAUGUGAGAAAUGGGCCCUCAGUAUAAAGUCAGACCCAUUGGUGUGUGUCAGAGCUGUCUCAAUGAGUGACUGUGUAGAGAAGAUCAAGAGAGAUGAAGUGGACGCUGUCUCGCUGGAUGCCACACAUGCCUUUAUUGCUGGAAAAUGUGGCCUUGUUCCGGUUGUAACAGAAUUUUACGGGACAACAUGUGUUCCUUCUGAGGGAGGACCUGAUGGAGCGGUCCACUUAGAGACGGAUGUGUUACCACCUGUGUUGGGGGUGGCAGUGGUGAAACGCUCCAGCAGAAGUGUUUCUUUUGGGACCCUUGGAGGCCGACGCUCCUGCCAUGGUCAUAUGUACAGUCCUGCUGGCUGGAUCCUUCCCUACCAGUACCACCUGAGCCUAGAGCACAACAGUACAUCCACAUGUGACCCUACAAAAGUGUACAAUGAAGUGUUCUGGAAGGGGUGCCUCCCUGGCUCCCAGGGGAAUCUGUGUAAAGUGUGCAUGGGUGGCACAGUGGAGGCUGCCACCAAACGUUGCGCAGACAAUCACAAUGAACGCUACUAUGGAAAUAUGGGGGCUUUAAGGUGCCUGGUUGGAGAUGCCAGUGGCAAAAGCUAUGGAGAUGUGGCCUUCCUUGAGCAGCACAACCUGGAGACAAAUAUCCUAAGUCUGAGCACCAGUGGUUGGGCAGAGGGGUGGUUGCCCUGGGACUUUGAGCUUCUGUGUGGGGAUGGCCGUCGUGCUCCUUUGUCAGAAUGGGAGAGUUGUAAUUUAGGAACCAUCCCUCCCAAUAUUAUUAUGACUCGUCCUGUGCUCACUGCCCGUGUGUAUGAUUUCCUCAUGAAGUCACAGGAGACUCUGGCAGCCAACCAGGGUACUGAGUUUAGACUCUUUCAGUCUGAGCAGUAUGGAGAGAGUGACCUGCUUUUCAAAGAUGCUACAAAGUGCCUGGUCCACACCAGUCAUCUGGACUAUCGCACUAUCCUUGGGGAGGACUUUUACAGACAAGCAGAGACUGUAUUCAACUGCACACAUUCUGACAUUUUGGAAUUUUGCAACCAGGACAUCUGCAGCAUUUUCUGAGGCAGAUGGAAGAAAACAUGAGCGUGAUGGAGAGGACUUGGAGGCCAAUAAAGGCUGAUACCUGUGUCUCGAUUUGAUUAAACAUAUUUUAAGAUGUAUGAGUA